GAAACUGGUAGCUCUGCAUCAUUACUAUUCCAUCUCAAAGGCAGAGACGGGCAGUUCACCGUCUACCUCCUCACAUUAAAGCAUCAACACUUUGCAAGUUAACCAGUUGCUUCUCAGCCUUGCAACAAGACAUCCUGGGGACAUUCCCAUCACAUCUGGAUUUAUUCAUCUGCUCUGUGAGGCUACAGAUGUGCAUUUUAACGUCAAUGACGUCCGUCUGGACUGUCUUGACUUUGCCUGCUGAGGGAAGCAUCGCUGUCAGAGUGGAGAAGUGUUAGCGUCGGAGCUGCCCGGAAUUUCAGCAUCGUUUCUCCUCCUUUUUCCUUUGCCAGCACUUUCAAGAGUAAAAGUGGAUGGUUGGGUUUUUUGUGACUGCAUGCUGGGGCAGAGUGCUUACCUCAGGAAUUUUAAGCGAAGGAAGGUGGGGGGGGGGCUGACAAACAGCUGCGAGGGGAGGACGGGUUGCACUGCUGCAUCACACUAGCAUCCCACAGAGGGCAAUUUUUAUUUUUUCUGCCUCUUGCAGAUGCACUCAUGCAUAUAUUUCACAUCCAGCAGCAGCAAGAGCAGCAGAGUCAGGCUGCUUUUACAUUUACAGAUGGAUUACUGCAACUUUACAGACCGCUGAGGCGAAGAUGCUGAUUCCAGAAGAAUAGGACGCACGCUUUGUUUUCAGAGCAGCAGUCGGGGCAAACAACCAAAAAAAAAAUAAAUUUGCAUGGCAGGAUGAUGACUGAGUCGAGCUGAAACUGCCUCCCGCCCGUCCUCAGUCUAAAGAUGAACUCUUCUUCUGAUGCGAACCAAAGUGGUUCUCCUGUGUUCUGUCUGCUGGGCGCUGUGGGUUAUUCCCACAGCUUGGAUACCUGCAUGCUGGAGGUUGCCAUCAUCCUCUUCCUCACUGUGCUUAUCAUUGCCGGGAACCUGGUGGUGAUUUUUGUCUUCCAUUGUGCUCCGUUGCUGCACCACCACACCACCAGCCACUUCAUCCAGACUAUGGCCUACGCUGAUCUGCUGGUGGGUGUCAGCUGCAUGGUGCCUUCACUGUCCCUCCUCCACUACCUCCGAGGCCUGAACGAAGAGCUCACCUGCAAGGUGUUUGGCUACAUGAUUUCAGUGCUGAAAAGUGUCUCCAUGGCCUCCCUAGCCUGCAUCAGUGUGGACCGGUACAUCGCCAUCACCCGCCCGCUGUCAUACGCCACACUGGUGACGCCAUGCCGGCUGAGGGUGUGCAUCGUCCUCAUCUGGGUUUACUCCGCCUUGAUUUUUCUGCCGUCUUUUUUUGGCUGGGGGAAGCCAGGAUAUCACGGGGACAUAUUUCAGUGGUGCGCAGCCUCAUGGAAGACCAGUCCCGGGUUCAGCACCUUCAUCGCAGGGUUGCUCUACGCGCCGGCGGCGCUCACCGUCUGCUUCACCUAUGGGAGUAUUUUCCGGAUCUGCCGGCAGCACACGCGGGAAAUCACCCAGCGCCAUGCCCGCUUCAGCUCCCAGGCAGAGGGCAACAAAGACGAGCGGGGAGAGCGGUGCGAGGGCUGCACGGACAAACGCUACGCCAUGGUGCUGUUCCGCAUCACCAGCGUCUUCUAUGUGCUGUGGAUGCCAUACAUCGUCUACUUCCUGUUGGAGAGCGCUGGGCUGUAUCACCACAUGGUGGCAUCCUUCUUCACAACAUGGCUGGCGAUAAGCAACAGCUUCUGCAACUGUCUCAUCUACAGCCUGUCCAACAGCGUCUUCCGGAAGGGUCUGGGCAGUCUCUUCAGCCCGUUGUUUCCGUCCUGCCUCGGCUGUGCGGACGCCAAAAAGGCUCCGGCUCCCGCCAGCCUGCGAACAGACACUCGAUGCCAAGUGUGACGCCGGACUCCAACAGAUUUGGUUUGGUCACUUUGCUCUCAGCUGUGUAGCAUGGCUCAGGACUUUUAGGUCCUGCAGUGAAAUGUGUUGAGGACCUCCUGCACGGAGUGCAGCGAGCUGUCCGUGCAGGUGCCUGGACGUCCCUUCAAAGGCAGAUUUUGUGGAAAAAGGCGGCUAAAAAGUUCCUGUUGGAACUUUCUUACAGUGAAAGCUGAAGGCACAGAGUAGCAAAGGUUUUAUGCUGAUCAGAAAAGUCAAUUAAAAGCAACAGAUUUGUGGGAUUUAAACAUUUCUGACGCCACUUUUUUAAGAACUUCCAAAUGCAAGAAAGGAAAGUGCAGCCUGGGCUGUCCAGAUCCACUGAGAUGUAAAAAUAUUUCCUCUCUAGCUGACUGAUAAAUCUGUGUCUUUUAGGGUAGAAGGAGGCAUCGCAAAAAUGUCCAACACUUGAAAGAGGCUGCUGAAGGUGAAAUCCUUCACCUUUCACUGAUCUGAUUAUUAGCCUGUAAAUGUGAGCCAAAAAUAGUAUUUACCAGAGAGAAGACUAUAGUUCCCAGGUGGCAGUGGGAAGUACGUUUACAGUCUGAAAAUUAAUAAAUUAGCUUUAAGAUGAUGGCUGACGGUUUUCAGCCGACAGACGUGUUGGAUCCUUGGCAAGGAGACGUUAAACUCUAUUUAUUUGCAGAGGUUUAGUCUGUUUUUUGUUUCAUUCUCAGGUUUCUUAGCAGUUCUCCGUUAAGCUUCUGAGCCGCUUGCCUGUCAUACUGUAUAUGAAACGAUAUGGCUCUUCCAUCACAGACUGCAGAGUUUUUAAAAGAUAAAUCAACUCAUGACUGUUAGUGUUGAUAAUGACUCUGCUGGGAUCCUCGGAUCCGGCUUCGCUCCAGAAACAAACUUUAUUGUAAUUGUUGUUUAAAUUUCUCUUUUUAGCCUCUGCAGAAGCUGGUUGUUUCUAAAAUCUGUGCAAAGCAAAGAGGCAGUCACAUAAAACCUGAUCAGAGCACUUUUCUAAGAGCUGGGUGAGAACAUGAGGCUUAAAAUGCAAAAAAUCACUAUGUAAACAGCCUUGAGCUGAACCCUUUAUGGGGGUUUGGCCCCGGAUUUACAGCACAUUUCCAGGAUAAGAACAAUCUUUAUUAAAAGUGUUAAAGGUUCAUUUGUCACAGCCAAGAAAUCUGACAUGUUGCAUGUGAGACUGAUCCAGUUUUCAAAUAGUCUUUCUCUUAACUCUGAAGGAUAAUCCUCCAGAUGUGGUCUGUCUGUAAAGCUGUGAUUAAAUGACGUUUCUAAGAGCGUCUUGCUCAAUGAAACUCAAUGGGAAGAUCAUACAGAGAACAACCAACUAUACUGCACUAAAUAAACAUGUUAGGGGCUAAUUUAUUAGUUUAGAUGUUUUACAGCAGGUCCAGUGUUGCUGUUGAAUCUUGUGAUAUUUGCAUGGUGAGAAGUCAAAAUAUGACCUUUAGUUGUGAAUUUCACCUUCUUAGAAAAUAUUCUUCUUUCAAAAUGUGUAAUUUUCCAAAAAGAAAUGACAUGGACAACUUCAAACUGAAUCCAGCCUACAGGUUGGUUUGAUUUAAGGAUUCUUUUAUUUAUUUACUGGUUACUUCAACCAGCGAUUCUCAAUCUUUUUGAGCCACAACCACCAAGAGAACAUGUUGGUUGGUUGGUGUUCCACAAAUUCAUGUCUUUUCCAUUAAGGUGAUAACUUUGACAGCCCAAAUACCAACAUCAAAUUUAUUUGAUAAAUUUAUGUUUUUUACAACGUUAUUUAUUAUUUUGGGUCCCAACCCCCAGUUUGAGGAAGGCUGCCUUAAACAGUGAGAGUUCACAUUAAAGAAAAAAUCUGAUAUUUUUCUUUUAAAAUCAUUCAAGAAAAAUCCAGAUAUUUUCACCCGUAGAAAGUACAAAUACGCUCCCACCAUCGACUGCUCGUCACUCUGAGACGUUUGCUUAUUACUCGUCAGUUUUUCCUUGUUAUAGAUCUGAUCAGUACCAAAUCAAAAUUUACAAAUAAAAUGUUUUUCAUGCAAAACAGAAGCAAAAUGAAAAACAACAGUUUUUGCAUCUUACAAACACAACCAUGCACCUAAAAUUAACCCUUUAACGCAUAAUAACCGAUGCAUACAGUUUCUGAGACAUAUUGCAUCACCACAUGGUAAAAACUCUGUUUUAUUUCAUACCAUAACAUUUUAUUUGUACAACACUUUAAAAACAACAUAACAGCUGACUAAAGCGAUGUACAGUAAAUGUAAAAAAGAGGAUUAAAAUUCAAAUAAAAGAUCAAAUAGAACAAUAAAAAUGGCUACAUAUGAGCUACAAGUACAUGCAAAGAAUAAAAGAUUAAAAAGACACACAAAGCAAAGGAGUAAAAUAUGUUUUUUAAACGAGUUUUAUAAACAACAAGAGAAGGAGGAAGUCUGACCUGCAGCAAGAGCUUCGUCCAUAUUUUUUUAAAAAUGUUUUCAGGACAAUUAAAAGCAUCUGGUCAGUGGAUCUAAGAGCAGCUCAGACACAUAAACGAGGGAAGACCUUUCAGAGACUUAAAAACAAAUAAAAGAAUCUGAAAUCUGUAGAUUACCGGGAAGCCAGUGAAGGGAGGAUAAAACCAGAGUUUUGUCCUCUCGUUUGCUCGUACCAGUUAAAAAUCCUGCAGCAGAGUUGGAUGGAGUCUGGCUAUUUCCAAUAAAAACCGAAUAAUCCAGGUGUGGGGGGUCGUCCUAGGUGGUGUCUUGUACAACCUGAUACUUGUUUUCGGCCCCCUGGUGGACACAUUUGACACUACAAUAAUUCUGACAUAUUACAACACCGGACAUACGUGCAAAUUAUUUUUAUAUUUACGUUUUGUUAAAUAAAGAUUUCAGAUUAAAAAUGUAAAGGUAGGAUUUUCUGUCCAUUAUUCCCUGGGUCAGGUAUUAAAGGGUUAAAUCCAAACUGAAAAUGGGGCUAAAGAGUCUGAAUCCUGAUGUAUUGCACUAAUUGUAGCCAGAGCUCGGUGUUUGGCUUUUUUUUUAUUUAUUUUUUCUAAAAAUACUCUAGGAAAUAAUUCCAAUGGAUCUUUAAGUGUGAAAAAUUCUUCUCUUUGUGAAGCUGCUCAACAUGAAGCUGUAAGAUUUCUCUGUUUUGGGUCAAGAAACAACGUUCAGUAUCCUGAGAUAUCUUUUGAUUUAAUGCUGCAUGAAUAACAUUAAACUGAAUUAAUUCUGUUAAACUAGGCCAGGCUUGUUGGCUCUAAAAGCUUAUGAAAUUGGUGGUAGCUGCAGAUGGGAGUUCAGGUCACAUGAUCUAUGGUGGUCAGGGUCUACAGCGGCCCUGAGGUGCAACAGUUCGGAAAGGAUCAAUGUUUAAAAAAAUAAACAGAAAUAUUUAACAAAGCAUGUUUUAUAAAAUGAAUAAAAAAAGAAAACAAGUUUUAAAUGAAAGCUACUUCAA